CAUAAUUUGAUUUCGUAGAAUCAUCCAUCUAUUUAAUUUAACACCCUUCUCUCUCUCUUCAUGUGCUCAGAAACCCACCUGUUUUCAUCAUUUCUGAGGAGGAUGUCUGCCAAUCCGCAUAUAAUCCCAGUCGAUGAUCAACAAAAAAUCACAAUUUCAGAUGCUCAAAAAUCAGAAAAUCUCGAAUCCAAAGCCGAUCAAAUCGAGGAGAAAGAAGACGAGAGUGAAGUCACAGUAUCGCACAGAGAAUCAGACGCCGACGAAGGCGGCGGAUUCAAAACCCCGACCUCCUCGGAUCACAAAAUUCCGCCGAUCACGGAGUGCCCGCCGGCGCCAAUGAAGCCCCGCCCGCCGCCGCCGAGGCUGAAGCGAAAAGCAUCAUCGCCGCAGCCGGCCGAGAUCGAAUCCGUAUUCCGAUCGAUCGGUAACGACCAAGACGACGCACACCGCCACAAAGUGAAGAAAGCUCGGAAUGAGGAUGGAGAUGAAGACCGAUCGUAGUAGGUUAAUUUGUAAUUGCUACCAAAAAUUGAACUUCAUUUUCUCACAUUCUUUUUUUUUUUUACUUCUUCCGCCUGUUGUAAUGUAAUGUGCUCCCACAGCUCAUGAUUGGUAUACUACAUUUACAUUGGGGGAGGAGUAAUUAUAUAUCGUUGUAAAAUUUUAAUUUUAA